AAAAAAAUGAAAGAGCUGGAACAGAAGCUUCAGGAGGAAGAACACGCGAGGAAGCUUGUUCAGGAAAAAGCAGCUGAGCUUCAGACAGGCCUGGAAACCAACAGACUACUGAUUCAAGCAGCAUCACCAUUGCUUUCUCCAAAAGCAAGAAAACCCAGGAAAAAAACUAAGCAGCCAGAGAAGAAAUGCUCUCUUACAAGCCAUCUCACUACGCAGCCCCAUUACAGACUGUGUCUGGGGGAUGUACCCUUUGUAGCUGGGAAGUCUACCAGUCCCAGUCAUUCAGUUGGUGCCAAUGUGCAACAUGUCCUACACCUGAUGAAACAACACACGAAAGCUUUGUGUAACAGUCGUGUGGUAAAUGAUACUCCACUAGUAAAACCCGUCAGUACUGGUCAUCCUGCUGACAAAAGCAGAAAGUCAUCUCUGCCAAAGGACUCUUCUUCAUCCCAGGAAGAGCUCUCAGAAGUGUUGUUGACUUUACAAGAUGAAUUUGGACAGAUGAAUUUUGAUCACCAACAGCUGUCAAAGCUUGUCCGGGAAGCCCCAACCAUUGCAGCGAGGGAAGAUCUGGAGAGGGAACUUGAGGCAUUGGUGCGAAAGAUGGAAGCAAAGGCAGACCAGAUCAGCAAAGUCCAGAGGCAUCGCUUGCAGCUAGAGAGACUUAAGAGAGAAUGCAAGGCCAAAAAGACUUCUGCUAAACAAAUAAAAGCCAGCAGGUUCCCUGUUAGUGAGGUUAAAGUAACAACUACUGUAACCACAAAAGGAAAGAAUGCUGGUCCCAUCAAAGUGAAACCUGGAGAGAAGAGUCGGAAAAACCUUCAGUUGUUGCGAGACAUGCAGACCUUACAGACUUCACUGCAGAAAGAUGAUAUCAGCUGGGACUACUGA